CACUCUUAGUUUCAGGGAUUUCCCGCCAUGGAAGCAAUGGAAGUCGACACACUCCAAAGAAAACAAUCCGUCUAUCAAUUCUUGGAUGAGGGUUUUAAGAUACAGAAGGAAAUGUACAGGGGCCAGCAGUACAGUCAGAUAUACUUUGCUCGGCUCCACUUGAUGAGAACUCUUCUUUACUCUCUUCUUCCCAAUUGGAAGCCCCAUUUGCCUGUCUGCACAGUUUUGGGAUUGGAAGAAGGCAAGGAAUGCAUAAUUGUUGGAACCCUGUACAAGCAUAUGAAGCUCAAACCUAACAUUCUUGAUGAGUACUCUAAGGAGAGAUCUGCAGCCCCACUUGUUAAACCUCACAACUUUAUACACCCGGAUGAUCAUUUGAUUCUGGAAGAUGAGAGUGGAAGAGUUAAACUUCGUGGGAAUGUGCUCUUACCUUCUGUUUAUGUAACAGGGAUUGUGGUUGCAUUGCAUGGGAAGGAAAGUGGUGCCGGUGAUUUUUGGGUUGAAGAAAUCCUGGAAGCUGGCUUACCAGAGCAGAUUGAGCUGCCACUUAAAUCAGAAGACAAAUAUGUUGCUUUUGUAUCGGGGUUGAGUGUUGGAAGCAGUACUUCUAACCCUCUCCAGUUUCAGCUUCUUGUCGAUCACAUAACUGGGUAUCUAGGGGAUGAGAAGCAGGAACAAAGUAUUGCAGCUCAAAUAGUUCAAGUUGUAAUUGCUGGGAAUUCUGUCGAGAUUCCUGGUGGACUUCUCAAUGGUCAGAAUUUGGCUUCAAAGGAUCAGUCUAAAAUGUCUGAGCCAGUCAAAGAGCUAGAUAUCUUGUUGACUCAGAUUGCAGCUGGUGUACCUUUGGAUAUAAUGCCAGGACCUAAUGACCCGUCAAAUUUUGCCUUGCCGCAGCAGCCUUUGCACAGAUGUCUUUUUCCAGGUUCAUCCGCUUAUAACACUUUUAAGUCCUGUACAAAUCCGCACUCUUUCGAGCUUGACAAUAUCAGAUUUCUUGGAACAUCAGGUCAGAAUAUUGAUGAUCUCGAGAAAUAUUCCGAGGCAAAAGAUAAGCUUGACUUUAUGGAGCGAACUUUGAGGUGGAGACAUAUUGCACCGACUGCCCCAAAUACCCUUGGGUGUUAUCCCUUCACUGAUAGGGAUCCUUUCUUUGUGGAGAGCUGUCCCCACGUUUACUUUGUUGGUAAUCAGGAUAGAUACGAUAGUCGCAUAAUAAAGGGAUCGGAGGGUCAGGUGGUAAGACUUGUAUGCAUUCCUAGAUUUGGUGAGACAGGAAUUGCUGUUGUGUUAAACAUGAAAAAUCUUGAAUGCCACGCUCUCAGUUUUGCGACUCAAUUCUCCUCAUAAGGAGAACUUCGCUCGUCUAAUUUGAAGCUGCAGGAGUUACAUUAAUUGUUUCCGGUUCCUGCUACGGUUGUGAAGAUUCAAUUGAGAAAGCUGCAAGGAUGAAGUUGUCAAAAACUCAAGCUAACGAAACUUUUGUUCUCUUUUGCCUCUUUUUCUUUGUUUGGUUGUAGGUUUCCUUAUUCAAGUGGUUUUCCAUGUAUGAACCAAUGUAUGCUUUGUUUGGUUGUAGGUUUUGCUUAUUCAAGUGAUUUUCUAUGUAUCUGUCUAUGUAUAACUCACCUACUAGAAUUUGAACAUCAUUUAUCUGGAAUAGGAGAAAAAAACGAUUGGAUUUUUUUUU